AUGGCUGAUCCAGUAGAACCCUUUUGGGGGCCUCAGACAUCAUAUCUCAACUUUUGUGAGGAGGACUAUGUUGUCACACGAUUUAUCGCUGAAUUCGUGAAUACUCUCAGCAGUUUUACUUUUGUCAUCUACGGAAUCUACGGCUUGGUCACAUCUCCAAAGGAACAGCGAACGGGCCCUCGGUUGAUCUCAUACACUGGUCUCAUCGGCGUAGGAGUAUGUUCCGCUGGAUACCACAUGACGAUGAAGUAUCACACCCAGAUGUCCGACGAGCUCUCCAUGCAUCUUUUGACAACGCCUAUCGUCUACCGCCUUCUUACCUUCAAAGCCAGUCCGCAGCGCACUAAACUGGUGGGAACAAUUCUCCUUAUUCUCUUCACCACAGUCAUGGUCACUCACAUGGUGAUGGAUGAAUUCCUGCUCCAUGCAUCCGCUUUUGGUCUAAGCAUUUACGUCAUCGCGACUCGUACCUUGAAGGUCAUCUCUCAGCAAGUGCCUGAUCCCGCAAUCAAAAAGACUCUGCAAAAUAUCUCCAUCUUCGGCAUGAUGUCUUUCGUAUUUGGCUAUUUUGUCUGGCUAAUCGACGACUGGGCAUGUAACAUUUUGACCGAUGUGAGGCACACAGUUGGCAUUCCUUUGGCCUUCCUUUUCGAAUUACACGGAUGGUGGCAUGUUUUCACUGCUAUUGGCGGCUAUGUCGGUGUCGCAAUCGUUGAUUUGAUCAUCACGGGCGACGUUCACAAAGACCCUACCGAUCAACUUGCCUGGCCCGUUCCUUUUGCUGCGAGACUCAUGUCUAGUUCCCAAAAGUCGACAAAGCAAUCGUAGAUUUAUCGAAGAGUAAAACCUAUAGAAGUACAAGAGCCUAUUCGUAGGCUUAGAUGAUCUCAUAGAUGCCAUCAGCUGGUGAGACAAUUGGGGAGCACUUAGAGUGCUUAUUCAAAACGACAUUUAUAGACUAUAGAGAGGAUUUGAACUAUACUUUUGA